AUGUCCUCCAACUGUCCCACCUCAAUGACUAACGGAAGGAGGCACGUUACAUUCGUGAAGGAACAGCGGCUCAAGGUAGCCUACCACGUGUUGGGCCUAAUUCGUCGGGGAGCCGAUGAAUCCAGAAUGGAUAUUUUUGACGAUGCCACUGUAUCGGUCUUGGAGGCUGCCGGUGUUGAUGAGGAGGCUUUGAAAGGCCUUAGCCGGGAAGACCUGAAGGAUCUUUUUCCUGGUCCUGGACAUUUUCUCAGAAGAAAGAAACUUUGGGAGUUCAUCAAUCAAAAUUGUGAAAAUACCACGGACCAAGAUGCCAGCACUUGCAGUGGAAGCGGGAUUAUGCCCUCAACUAGCUCCAUGCCACCAUGCCAGCCGCAAGCCUCCACCCCCAUAUCUGCUGAGAAAACAAUGAAAAUGCCAGACCCUCCAGAUCAGGCGAAGACCCCACCCUGUAUCUGGAGAAGCGUCCUCUCUCCUCCCCAGUUCUGCUUUUUGAUGGAUCAACCACCAUCGUGGCUGUUGGUAAUGUACCUGUGA